AUGUCUCCCUUAACAAGAACCGUGGCUAUAAGGAAAACAGUAAAGGCUUUAUCCAAAUGUCAAUCUGGUAAGGAAUAUACACAGAAACUUCUCCAACGUGCUUAUACAACAUCACACGCAAACAGCACAUAUUAUUCAAGGACAAAGUUAUUUAUAGCAUCCCAUUCCAAGGCUUUAAACAUUGCUCUAUUGAGCGGAUCCCUACUUUUGACCUAUUCUUACUAUUCCCCAAAAAAGAUCCUCUCUCUUGACACAAUUAAUGGAAUAAAGGACUACUCUACAAAUAGCAGUAACAAUAUCAACAUGCCGUCACCUAAUUCAAAGGAAACAAAAACGCAAAAUAACCAACAAGCUCAGAAUGAUCAAUCAGUGCCCAUUUUGAACGAUGCUAAAAUAGAGGCAAAGCUGCAUGACAGAGAGGAAAGCCAUUUUGUUAACCGUGGUACAGGGAUAUUCAGGUAUGAUGUGGCCCAGUUGCCUUCCAACCAUCCAAUAGAAGAUGAUCACGUAGAGCAAAUUAUCACUAUUCCAAUAGAGUGUGAGGAUAGUAAGUCCAUAGAGAAAGAUUUAUAUUUUUUUGGAAUUUUCGAUGGCCAUGGUGGUCCUUUCACUUCGGAGAAAUUAUCUAAAGAUUUGGUUCGUUACGUAGCUUAUCAAUUGGGUCAGGUUUAUGACCAAAAUAAAACAGUUUUUCAGUCCGAUCCUAACAAAUUAAUUGACUCUGCAAUUUCCAAAGGGUUUUUGAAACUAGAUAAUGACAUUGUAAUGGAAUCGUUUAGAAAGCUGUUUCAAGAUCCAAGCAAUGCUAAUAUUGCGAAUACUUUACCUGCGAUCUCAGGAUCGUGUGCACUAUUGAGUCUAUACAACUCUACUAACUCGAUUUUGAAGGUUGCCGUCACUGGGGACUCAAGGGCUUUAAUUUGUGGUUUGGACAAUAAGGGUAAUUGGACAGUAAAGUCAUUAUCUACCGAUCAGACAGGCGAUAACUUGGAUGAAGUGCAGAGAAUUAGGAAGGAACACCCGGGAGAACCUAACGUUAUAAGAAAUGGAAGAAUAUUAGGUUCAUUACAGCCAUCCAGGGCAUUUGGAGAUUACCGCUACAAGAUCAAGGAAGUUGAUGGAAAACCAUUGUCAAAUUUACCCGACGUCGCCAAGCUUUAUUUUAGAAGGGAACCAAGGGAUUUCAAGACACCUCCUUACGUGACCGCUGAACCAGUAAUUUCUUCUGCUAAAAUUGGUGAAAACACUAAAUUUAUGGUGAUGGGAUCGGAUGGUUUAUUUGAACUACUAACUAAUGAAGAAAUCGCCUCGCUGGUGAUUAGAUGGAUGGAUAAAAACAUGAGUAUAAUGCCUCUCAAAGCGGAACCAGGAAAAUUACCUAAAGUAAUCGAUGUGUCGGACGACAAGGAAGCGCAAAGACCAGCAUUCAGGUAUAAGGAUAAUAAAUCCAGCUCAUCAUCUGCUUCAAACUCAGAAUAUCUUAUUGAAGACAAAAAUGUAGCCACUCAUUUAAUUAGGAAUGCAUUAAGUGCUGGUGGGCGAAAAGAAUAUGUUUCUGCAUUGGUUAGUAUACCAUCGCCAAUGAGUAGAAGAUAUAGAGAUGACUUGACAGUGACAGUAGCCUUCUUCGGUGAUUCUGGAAAACCCUCAAACAUUUCUAAUGCUACUUCCAUAGUGAUGAACCCGGAGGCAACAACAAAGCCAAAGCCUAGAUUAUGA